AUGAGACCGAUCAAAUUGAUGGGACACGAGCGUUCGUUGACCCAGGUCAAGUUCAACAGAGAGGGAGAUCUUCUCUUUUCCGUGGCCAAGGACUCGUCUGCAUCCAUCUGGUACUCGUCUAACGGAGAAAGACUCGGAACCUUGGAAGGACAUCAAGGUACCAUCUGGUCCAUCGACGUGGACUCCAAAACCGUGCUUUGUGCCACCGGAAGUGCCGAUCUUACCAUCAGAUUGUGGAAAGCCGAGACUGGAGAGUGUGUUUACAAGUGGGAGACAUCUUCUCCUGUGAGAAGAGUGGCAUUUUCGCCAGACAAUAAGAAGUUGUUGGCAGUGACCGACAAGGUUAUGGGCAGCAAAGGUGCCAUUUCCGUUUAUGACAUAAAUUACGACAACUUGACUCAGCAGAAGGACGAGCCCAGCCUCGUGAUCGAGACCAGAGAAGACGCCACUAAGGUGACAAUUGCUGGAUGGUCUGCUGAGGGUAAGUACAUCAUUGCUGGCCACGAGGACGGAUAUGUGUCCAAGUACGACGGCCAAACAGGUCAGUUCAUCCAGACCGUCAAGGCUCACGGCAUCCACAACGAGGAGAAGGUUGUCUCCAUCACCGACAUCCAGUUUGCUCCAGAGGACAGACUGUACUUCAUCACCGCAUCCAAAGACAAGAACGCCACAUUGAUUGAUGUGGACACGUUUGAAGUGUUGAAGGUUUACAAAGCCGAUGCGCCUAUGAACACUGCUGCCAUUACGCCAAAGAAGAACUUUGUCAUUUUGGGUGGAGGUCAGGAAGCCAGAAACGUCACCACCACUGCCGAAUCUCAAGGUAAAUUCGAGGCUAGAUUCUAUCACAAAAUCUUCAUGGAUGAAAUCGGUAGAGUGAAGGGUCAUUUCGGUCCUUUGAACACAGUGGCUGUUCACCCAGAUGGACUUGGGUAUGUUUCCGGAGGAGAAGAUGGUUUCAUCAGAGUGCACUACUACGACAAGUCGUACUUUGACUUUGAGUUUGAUGCUGAGAGAACCGAUAGAGUGAUGGCCAACUCGCAGAACCAGGCUGCUGUUGCCAACUAG